AUGCGUCUGAGGCCUCUCUCUCGAGCAUUCAAGUCGAAACCCCGACCAGAAGUCCAGGUACCAGCAUCAGCCGAAGGAUUCCCAGGGACCAGGUGUCCAGCGUAUCCUUACCAAGCCCUACCUGAUACACACAUCCGACUCCUCCAGAUCUUGCCAGGAGAGUACCAUGACCAGAUCGAAUGCCGCCUUGAUUGCGUCCCUCUCAGUCCAGAGCCUUACUACUAUGCCUUGUCCUACGUGUGGGGAGACGCAUCGAGAACCUUACCAUUAUCCCUGGAAGGUAUACAAUUCGAGGUCACUAUAAACCUCUACGCAGCACUCCACCAGCUGAGGCAGUUGGACGACGGCGAAUACCCCUAUACGGAAUCUUACUUCUGGAUCGAUGCCAUUUGCCUUAAUCAGAACGACCUCGCCGAAAAGUCUCAACAUGUACCUCGGAUGAAUGAGAUAUACUCCGAGAGUAUCCGAGUCGUCAUUUGGCUGGCGUAUAAUGGGCCUUCAGCAAACAACUUUCGCAAGAGGCUAUCUCGGAAAGCCAAGUCAAUCUGGUAUUCAGAUGUGUCCCCACGCCGACUGCUGUCCUCAGGAGUAGCAGAUAUUCUGCUCCUGGGUCACGGGUCGAGAUAUGUUAGGCCAUCCCCAGAUGUUGCGAUCGAGCAGCUGUUUGCGACAGCUGAAAGAUUCUGGAGCCAAUGGCUGUAUGGAGAUGAGGAUGAGGAUGUAGUGGCACUCAAGAAGGAAGUCGGUCGGCAUUACGCUCUGGUAGAAAGGGGUCUUCUGUUUCUCAUGCAGACGCCAUGGUUUCAGAGAACCUGGACAGUUCAGGAAGCUUGCUUGGGCGGCUUAGAACCUGUGGUCUACGUUGGGAAGCACUCCAUCGAGCUUGACCGUCUCUAUCAGUUCUUGAUCGCCAUGGCACGACAACACCGCCAUGUGGCCUUGGCACCAGGUAUGAUGAGACUCGCUGGUCUGAAUCAGAUACGUAACUUGUUUCGUGGCCAAUUUCACAAGUUCGAUAGUAUCGAAUGCCCAAUGGUGAAAUGGGCAGAAUGUCUCAUGAUGGUCAGAGGAGCCGCGGGCACGAAGGAAUCCACGAACCCACUCGACCAGCUCUAUGGUUUUCUGGGCAUUGUCACUGUCAUAACGCGGCAGAGUAUGCCACCGGAACUCAUGCCUGACUACAGUCUGCCCUAUGGAGAGGUGUGCUGGAGGUACUCCGUUUUCAUCCUCGAACACACGGCGGACUUGGGACUGCUGGGUUGUACACAGAACCAGCUAGUCGAUGUGCCAUCAUGGGUCCCGGACUUCCGAUACGCCGAAACUGUUAGGAAGUCCCAGAAGAGGCGUGGUAUCAUACAACUCUCACCAGAUAAGACGGCCCUACAUAUUUGGGGCCUUGAGGUCCAACCUAUCAGUGACCAUCUCGAUGGCUGCCCGUGGAAGGAAAUACAGCCUGAUACAGCGAGCCAUGCAGCGGCCCUGUCCCGUCGCCUGAAGGAAAUAGAAGAGCGAAUAAUCAGGCGGUCCUCGACUCUCAGAAAGAUCCCCCAAGACGACGUCCUCGACAGCUGGGUGAAGGACCAUCAUCGCGGCUUGCAGGGGGACUUGAAAUCGUUCCGCCAGACCUACCGUCAACUCAGCAAUGGCACGCCUAUUACGCUUACCAAGGGGUCGCGCACCGGAAAUGCACAUGCGAGAGAAAUUACCAUGGCGCACGAGUUCAGUCGAGCUUGUCUGCUACUCACGGAUGGCACCAUCGUUUGCGUCGAUAGGGAGGACAUUCGAAUUCAGCCCGGAGACCUCGUGUGUCUCUUCAAGGGAUUAGCGACCCCGAGCCUCAUCAGGCCGUCUGGGGAGGCGUUCGCUUUCUUGAGUCAAUGUAGGAUUCGAAGUGGAACCUUUGACGGACUAGAUAUUGAUGAUGAGUUUUGGGCUGGUAGAGAUGUUAAGGAGUAUCGUCUAGUGUAG